CUUUUUAAUUAAAUAUUUUGUUUAAGUUAUAAUAAUUAUAUAUUGAUUCUAUGUCCUUUUUUUCGGCGAUAAAAAUAUUAACAGCAUUCAUCAUUUAUUCACGCGAUACACAGAAAAAUAAAACUAUCAUCGUCACGUUCAUUCACAUACAUUGUCUGUAGUCUGUUCAUUUUUAUUCAAUCAUUAAAAUAUAAAAUACGCACAAAUCAUCGACAACAAUGUAAUUCAUAUUUUCAUUUUUUUUUUAAAUGUACAAUAAUGUUAAGAUUAUUUUAUAUUGCCAUCGCUAAAUGUAAAUUGUGUUAAGAUCAUACGAUAAUAAAUUAUUUGAUCAUACAAAUGCUCCUUUUCAUUGCAGCGAACGUUUCGUUAUUAAAACAACCGAGAGUCACAAUAUCGUCGUACAUCCGCAACGAUAAAGCGGCGUAAAUCAAUACCGGGCAAAAUAAUUGAUAGCUCGUUCCGACUUGCGUUAUCUUUCGAGGCGCAAAUUUUUGCGUCGCUCAAAAAUUAUUUCAAUCUUUCGCACACCACGAUUACAGCAAUUUCUUCCCUACCUUGCCAUAAAAUUAUUAGAGAUACCGAGCACGUUCUUUUUUUUCUUUCUUUUUUUUCUGCGACGCGCAACACAACUCGCCCUUAUCGCUCUAAAAUUGCGAUAAGCAGAGAUUAGACCCAUAUGUCAUAGAUUUGCCGGAUAGACAGAUAAACGGUGUCACGGUGCCCUGAAACUUUAAUGAAGAAGACGAUAGUGCACUCGCAUUUACGAAUUACAUCAUUGUGAACUGCAUUGCUGAUCUCGCGACCGAUAAUAACGACUAUUAAUAAUAACGCCGCUCAACAUUGUCAACUAUUCGUCAUUAAGCGCGCGGACAAAGUUGAUGUUUUUCUCAGCGAUAAUUGCAACAGCUGAAAUCGCGGCGCGAAGAUUGGCUUAUCGGCUGCAUACCGAUGCAUAAAUAAAUACAGAUAGAGAGGGAAAAGUUGUUAUUUUAUCAAGUGCACUCGUGACAGGCUCUGUUCGGUAGCACUUGUCGGUUAAGCCGCGGAUACUUCAUCUCGAGGGUCUCUCAUCAUUAACAAAUUGUAAGGUACAACUGUCGAGUAGCAACAAUUGGUUCGAUAAUCUCACAUGCUGUUGCUGUCUCUCAACUUUCGAUUCAAUUGUCUCAUGCCACUGUUAUCUGAAAUGCCUUCGUUAUUUUUUUUUGUUACAUAUAAUUUUUGCAUUACACUGAGAUGGUACUCAAUACGAUUAUUCAAUAUCAUGAUUAUCCAUGUGCCGAUAUUGUACCGAUAUUGAACACGCACUGGAUAAAAGACUGAUUGUGACGGCGCGCGAUCCAAGCAAUAUAAUUACGAAAUAAUAUCGAUAACGAUGGUAAAAAUACGCCCGUGUUCGCUGUAAUUGCGCUGCGUCAGUUUAGUCUAAUAGAAAAUCCUAACAUGGCAAAUCGCUAUCUAUUUGUCCGAUAUCUUGAAAUUAUUUAUACGUGACAGAUACAACAAUCUGUAAUUUAGUUCUUUUUUUACUAGCUCGCAGCUAGAGAUGCGAACAGCAGAUAAAGAUUUUCCGCCUUCUAAUCUCUCCUUGUAAGUAACACGUGCAUUUUGGAGAUAUAUUGGAUUGUGUAAUAAGUGAUUUCGUAUUUUGCAAUAGACUGUGUAUUGCUUUCUACGCAGAACAUUUCUACGCACGACGGAACUCGACAAAUAUUUAAUUCACGUGUUGAUCAAACGUUCCUUGUCCGACAAAAAAAUCCGAAAUUAUUACGCAAUCCAAUACACUUCACAUCUAUGUAUAAUAUAUGUAUGAAAAUUGUGUUUUAAAUAAUAUAUAUUAUAUAGAUCAAAUAAAAAGAAUUAUCUUAAUUCAGAAAGCAAUUGCAUCGUUUAAUUUAUUUAUAAGACAAAAGCCCUAUAGAUUAUAUACACGAAAGAAGUAUUGAUUUUUCGAAAUAAUUUAAAUAUAUACAGAUAAACAGUUAUGCAAAUAUACGUUUUUUCCAAGUAGAUCGAAAAGACUGGAUAAUAUUUCGGGUUGACGUUACACGAUUUGCGGUAGUCUAAUCUAUAUGUAGGUGUUAUCACUUAGAUAACGUUGCCUGAGCUCCCCUAUCAGGUAGCUAUAUUUUUGAUAAUAUAUAGGUGAUCGAUAUAUCGCAUAGUUCUCAGUAAAGCGGCUAUCACGUUUCAGAGUAAUCCGGUGUUCUAUCCUAUAAUAAUCUUUAUAAAAUUUCACAGUGCCGCAUUGUUUCUCCAAUAAACAUUUGUCGAGCAAACAUAACGACUUGACAUUUACAUUACAAAAGAAGUGAGAAUUCCGAAACUAAAUUUUCAAAAAUUAGUGGUGAUUACGUCAUUUUUCGCUCUCGGUUGCAUUUAUCGUACAGUCAAUUUUUCCGUGAAGAUAAGUGAAUUAAUCUGCCGCGUCUAUAGAUUUCAUCAUUUCUUUCUCGCGUUUAAAUUCAUCGGCAAGCUCUUGUCGCGAAGUCAUUAUUAAAAAAAAAAAAAAAAAAAAUAUGAUACAUCAACACAAAACACGUGUAGGAUUUUCGAGAAAUGUGAGCGUUCCACCUGAGUUUUUACUAGCGGAAAAAGAAGUUAUGCAUUGAAGCUGCGUAAUCGUGAAGGAAUUCUUCUGACUGACUCUUCUAUGAGUCCGCUGACGGCAAUACGUUUUUGACUCUGCGGGAUAUUUUUCAACUUUUUACCGGACACGCAAAGACUAACACGUUUAUUAUCGCGACAGUGAUAGAAGGUGAAAAAAAUGGCUUCCGGAUACGACGAUUGUUAUGACAAUUCCUGGCAUUUAAUACCGCCGGAUUACGUCAGCAACGAGGAGGAUUACAGGUUGCUGGAGAGUAUGAAAAUGCCAGCUAGAACGUCCGGUUUCGCCAUCAGCGAUAUUUUAGAGCUAAACGAUGUCAAGCCGUCGCAGGAGGAAACCAACGUGCAAGGUGCCACGACGGUUCUGCCGGCGGUCAAUGACAUGCCAUCGGCUUAUCAGCAAUUUCUUGAGCACACGACCGCCAUGCUCCAACCGGCUAUGCACGCUAAUCUGAAUAGGGGUACGCUGCCACCCCCUCCGCCCGGAUUAUUAGGUUGGCCGGCUGGACCGACGCUGCCGACACCGUUACCUCAACCGAACUUGGAGGAAGUGAAUGUUCUCCCACAACCAGAUUCGACGAGUCCGGCGAUCUCGGACAUGUCGUUCCCGUCGCAACAGGAGAACAGCCACGAGUCGUCGAAGGACGAGGAGUCGCAGGACUACGAGGACGAGCAGCAGACCGGCAACGAGACGGCGCAGCCACACGAGACCGAGCACAAGAAGCGCAAGCGACGCGUGCUGUUCUCCAAGGCGCAGACGUACGAGCUGGAGCGACGCUUCCGCCAGCAGCGUUACCUGAGCGCGCCCGAGCGCGAGCAUCUCGCGUCCAUCAUCCACCUCACGCCGACCCAAGUGAAGAUCUGGUUCCAGAAUCAUAGAUACAAGACGAAGAGAGCGGCGAGCGAGCGCGUCGAGGCCAGCGGCAGCGGCUGCUCGCCCCGCCGAGUCGCCGUGCCGGUGCUGGUGAGAGACGGUAAGCCCUGCCAGUCUAAAUUGAUGGAACCCGCGUACCCCGGAACCGCCCAGAUCUCCAUGACGCCGUACAUGCAGAAAUAUUGGUGGUAAUCUGAUCGAGCUAAUUAGAAGGGAGCUAUCGUGAUUAGAAACCAUCAAGAUAAGAGAAGGUGAAACGUAAAGAUCAAGAUGGAAGGAAUGGAUUGUUUCUUGCAGCAGUGUUUGGUCAAAGUGUUAUGAAGAUUCGUGACGUGUUAACAAUUAUGGCUUUCAAUAUUGUCGUUUUUAAUCUCUCAAUUCAUUUCAAAUGACGAAGAGUUAAGCAAGAUGAGAAGUUGAAUGACGAAGUAUUAAUGGCUGACACGCUGGUUGAAGAAUUUUUUGAGUUUUUUCAACUAAUACGUUCACGGACUGCUAGUGAAUAAUUGGUGCAUAUCUAAAUAGACUUCUGACGCAAUGUUCGCACGAUGAAAUUGUGGACGUCCCGCAAUGACGAGGUAAAGAAUUAUUUUCGACUGGCUGACGACGCGUUUAAUUGUCGCAUGUAUUUCGGGCGUCGCGAAGCAGAACACUUUGAAUAAAGCACGACGUUUUUUUCUAGCAAAAUGCGCGCGCCCAAAGAUUCUAAUUUAUUAAAAAAAAAAAAAAAA